CCGCGCCCGCGCCUGCGCGGAGCGCGGCGGCGUCAUGGCGGUGCCCGGCGGAGGUGCGAAGGACGACUCGUUCAGCGUGCUGGACCUGGCGGAGUACACCAAGAACCGGCCCUGGUGGCGCAAGAUCUUCGGCCCCAGCUCGGGGUCGAGCGCUGAGAAAUACAAUGUGGCCACGCAGCUGGUGAUCGGAGGGGUCACGGGAUGGUGUACUGGAUUCGUCUUCCAGAAAGUCGGAAAGCUGGCAGCGACAGCGGUGGGAGGUGGCUUUUUCCUACUUCAGAUUGCAAACCACACGGGAUACAUCAAGGUGGACUGGAAUCUGGUACAACGGGACAUGAACAAAGCCAAGGAGCAGCUGAAAUUUCACAGCAGUGGUAAUAAAAUGCCUCCAGAAGUGAAAAGCAGAGUGGAUGAGGUGAUCAUAUUUCUGAAGAAGAAUGUUAUCCUGACUGGAGGGUUUGCUGGAGGAUUCUUGAUUGGAAUGGCAUCCUAGAAGCUGCACUCGACUCUCCUUUCAUGCCCAACCUCCCCUCCCCUCCUGUACUGCUGUUAUCUCUCACUUAGAAGUCAAAGGAUGUUGCCAACAGACUCAGUCCCUUCUGCUCACAGGUUCCAGCCCUUAUUUCUUACAACGCUGCUUCUGAUUUCCACAUUUUUCAUCAGUCUGGGCUGUCAGUGUGCUGGGAUCAGUCUGAAA